AUGCAGUACUACAAGUCAUUCACUCUUCUCUCGUUUGCCUCAGUGGCAGUGGCUCAGCAAUGUACUCUGCAAUUUGACGGCAGAGUUGCAACCGGAACCGAGUCAGAAGCGUUCGAUGCUGAGAACAAUCUCUUCAGUCCUCAGAAUGUCUUUGGAGCUGGCUUGAGCUUCAGUAAAGUGUUGCAAUUGCCUAAUGAAGCCAGCUCGCCAUUCGACGGCAACGACAACGUUCCCCUUGAAGUCACAAUCAGCGAUCAGUCAAUCUUCAACAAGCAGACAGCUUUCCGUCGCGCUGAGCUCAUCCCAUCAUCCAACACGGGAACGGAUGAGUCGACGACUGGCAUCAAGACGUUGCAUUUCAGUCUCUCGAAAGAUGUCCAGCGUCCCCUUAAUCUCUCGCACGAGUAUCAGCUAGCUUUCCUGGAGAGUAAUGAUUUCAGCACAAAUCAAGUUGUGCUCAAGACCGGCACCAUCCUCGGCGGCGACGCAACGGUCGACCCAGAUACACUGCAACUCUUUGGCAAUGUCAACACCAAGCCGGCACCUACUGUUCUAUUCAGCACUCCCUUCGCGGAGAACACCAUUCAUAACUUUGCUGUGACCAUGGAUUUCACCGCAAACACGGUCCAGGUAUUCUACUCGACCGAUAACAACGACUUGGAGGCACAGGGGGAACCCCAGAUCAACGAUAUCAAGGGUCAAGGUCAAUACCACUUUGGUAUUUUGAAGAAGCCCGUCGGAGGUCAGGGCGAUAUCACCAAGAAUGGUUUUCAGCCGGACGGCAUCGAUGAGGGCAUUGUCUACAGCGGCAUCUUCCAGGAGGACAGCACCAACGGCUGCAUCAGCCUGGCUCCUUAA